UCUGCCAUUUUUGUCAUAGGCUCUACUGAGGGGCACUAAUUGCUUGCCCCCUUCUAUUCACACCUUCUACUCUGCAAACCGUUGGGCUUGGUAUCCAAGCUAAAUUUUUCGCCCCUCCGGGGCCCUUGCUCUGAAACUUAGGACAAAUGGCGCUGUCACGGACAUCAAAGCUGCUUCAAUACAUUAACUUCCGCAUGCGGGUAACGCUGGUGGAUAGCAGGCAGAUUGUUGGCAGGUUUAUGGCAUUUGAUCGCCAUAUGAACCUCGUAUUGGGCGAUUCUGAGGAGUUCCGCCGCCUGGCCCCUAAGAAGGGCAAGUCAGAGGAGGAGCGUGAGGAGCGUCGCGUACUGGGGCUCGUCCUUCUUCGCGGGGAGGAGAUUGUCUCCCUGACCAUCGAAGGUCCUCCGCCCAAUGAGGACAUGCGGACCGAGAGGUCGCAGACCGGAGCGGGCGGCCCGGGCAUCGGGAGAGCCGUGGGGCGUGGUAUGCCCGCCGCGGCUCCUGGCCAAGCUCCUGCGGGCUUGGCUGGCCCAGCCCGUGGCGUUGGCGGCCCGGCUCCCGGCAUGAUGAUGCCGCGGCCCCAGGUCUCCGCGGCCCCGGUGCCGCGGCCAGGCAUGCCCCCGCCCGGCAUGCCUCCUCCGCGACCAGGCAUGCCCCCACCUGGCAUGCCCCCGCCGGGUAUGCCGCCCCCGCGCCCUGGUAUGCCGCCACCCCCCGGAAUGGGCCCGCCGGGCAUGAUGCCGCCGCCUGGCGCCAUGCCUCCUCCGGGGAUGCCCCCGCGGCCUGGAAUGCCCCCGCCGCCCGGCAUGCCCCCGGGCAUGAUGCCCCCGCCGGGAAUGCCCCCGCCGCGACCGGGUAUGAUGCCCCCGCCCGGCAUGCCACCCCCGGGCAUGCCGCCCCCAGGCAUGCCUCCCCCGGGUAUGCCCCCGCCGGGCAUGCCGCCGCCGAGGCCGGGAAUGCCGCCUCCGGGUAUGCCCCCACCGGGCAUGCCACCGCCGGGGAUGCGGCCACCCGGACAAUAAGCUGCAGGCUUGUGGUCAAACGCUUUGUCCCAUUCCUCCUGCGGCUUGCGGGCGUAGCGUGGGCUAGCUGCUAGCAAGCUGGAAUUGGCGGGACGUUGGCGAGCAUGGGGGCUAGCGAAAUGGAGCUUCAGUGUGGGAAGAUGGCUGCUGUUGCGCUGCGACCGAAGCCAUUUGCUGCGCUCCUGUACACGGCGUAUCCUGCAGGAUAAGGCACCGGAGAGUUUUUAGGCCGCAUGCUUUUUAACGCGCUUCAAUGGAACCGUGCGGAUCCUUUUUCAUUGUUGCUGGGCGGGGUUUGGGAGGGGAUGGGCUACGGCGCCAUGCAACAUGUGGUGCAUGGCGAGACUGGAUGUGUGCAGAUCGAAUUCAGCGUCUCUUGUGCAUGCAAUGCGUUGAGAUUGCGCUUCGAGCUCUAGGUCAGCGUCUGGCGCGCGUUGCUUCCUUGUUGGAUGUACGACAGUGUGGAUUAUUGGUUACGAUUGGCUCCACCACAAUCGCCGGGCGACUAGACGUCUUUGGCGGUUGCAUUAGCAAGAUAGUGGGCCGCUGUUUUGUUAAUGGGUUGGGUGCGCGACAGGCGACAUCCCAUCGUUCGUCGCUUGGGUGAUGGAACACUGACACGGCUUGCCUCAUUGUUUGGUGGCGAGGGUAAGGCAUUAAGCUGAUUGUGAGUAAAUGUGAUGCGCUCCCGUUCUUACAGUGGAUGGAUAUCAAUGAGCAACCACGGGUGUUCAGUAGGGCCUUCGCUGUGUUCUGACAAAAUUUGGCGUAAUGAAAUUACCAAAGAUUCGUUGGCCAUUGGUGUGAAUUUACUUGAAUGUGUGUCUCUACUUCCAUGGGUUUGGGUGAAGCACGUUGGCCUAUUCAGGGCACUACUCUGACUAGUUGCGGAACUUAGAG